AAAGGGGUGUCUGUGUAAUCGACUUGAUAGAUGGCGCUGAUGUUAUUGCCGUUUGCGCUCUCUACUGGUCGUACAUACCUACUAAUCAAAACUACUUAAUUCGUCUACUCUGGUGGAUAGUUUAUGAUAACGUGAAGUGAUUAAAUUUGGCGGAUUUAAGUCUUGUUGUCGCGUAGCAAUAGGAUAAUCGUGAUUUGAAAAAUAUAAUUUGCAUGUUUAACAAUUGAUAAAUAAAAAAAAUCACACCAAUAUGGUUCAACAAUACCAAUCACCUGUUCGAGUUUAUAAGCACCCAUUUGCCCUUGUCAUGAUGGCCUAUGAACGUAGAUUUCCUACAUGCCCUCAGAUACCAGUAUUUGUAGGAUGCGACAUUACAUUAGACGAAGAAAGCGAAGAUGGUGCAAUUAGAACGACAGAAAGAAGAUGUAAAUUAAAUGUUGAAGCACCAUAUAUUUUGAAAAAAAUCAUUGGAGUAGAUUUUGUUUAUUUUAUUCAAAAGAAUAUAUUAAAUAGGCGCAAGAGCGUUUUGGAAAUAGAGGCAUACAAUGAAAGCUUCUCUUCUAGAGUAACAGUUCUUGAAAAAUGUAGAUACUUUAUUCAUCCUGAAAAUUCGGAAUGGACUUGCUUUGAACAAACUGCAAGUUUAGAUAUUAAGAACUUCUUUGGAUUUGAGAAUUCAAUGGAAAAGUUGGCAAUGAAGCAAUAUGCUCAAAAUAUUUCAAAGGGAAAAGAAAUAAUUGAAUAUUUUAUCAAUCAAUUAAAAGAAGAAGGUAUAACUUAUGUAGCUCCUUGGAGAGAUCAAGAAGAAGAAACUUCUAAAGAAAAAGAGAAAUAUGUGGGUGAUAGUAGUGAAUUACAUAGUGACAAAGAAGUAUGUAAUGUCGAGAACAAGUUGUCUAGUAAUAGAGAGAUACAGCUCUCAUCAGACUAUAUAGAAAGAUAUUUAGGAAAACUAGACAUGAUGCAAGAGAGCAAACUAAUACAAUUACGACAUAGUAUAGAAGAAUUAAGAGGUAGUUCUGUACCAGCUGAUGCAACGCUACUGAGGUUCUUAAGAGCUACAGAAUUUUCAGUAGAAAAGGCUAAAGAUAUGUUGACACAGUCAUUACACUGGAGGAAAAAACAUCAAAUUGACAAACUCCUUGAAGAGUAUGAAACUCCUCAAGUAAUUAGAGAUUAUUUUCCAGGUGGUUGGCAUCAUUUUGAUAAAGACGGACGACCACUAUAUAUAUUGAGAUUAGGUCAAGUUGAUGUGAAAGGUCUCCUUAAAUCAACUGGAGAAGAUGAAUUAUUAUUAUUGGCACUGCAUAUUUGUGAAGAAGGACUUCUUUUAAUGGAUGAGGCCACUACUGUCUGGGGCCAUCCAGUUUCACAAUGGUCUUUGCUAAUUGAUUUAGAAGGUCUAAAUAUGCGUCAUCUUUGGAGACCUGGUAUAAAGACACUUUUACGAAUUAUUGAAAUAGUAGAAGCGAAUUAUCCCGAAACAAUGGGACGUGUUCUUAUUAUACGGGCACCCAGAUGUUUUCCUAUAUUAUGGACCCUCAUCAGUACAUUCAUUCAUGAAAAUACGAGAAAAAAAUUCAUAUUCUAUUGUGGUACAGACUACCAAGAACAAGGAGCAGGUGGUCUUAGCGAUUAUAUAGAAUCAGAAUUUAUUCCUGACUUUUUAGGUGGUUCAUCUGAGAUUUAUAUAAUGGAAGGCGGAGUUGUGCCAAAAAAUUUGUAUAAAGUUGAUCCGGAUAAUACAGCUUGCGAACACGAGCAUAGUUUGUAUCAUUCUAUCAGUUUGAGUCGCGGACAAAGUCAUCACGUUACGAUUCAAUGCGAUGAUCCAGGAGCUGUUCUUACAUGGGACUUUGACGUAAUGCGACACAAUGUAAUAUUUACUGUGUUACAUAAACCGAAAGAUCAUGAUACUAAUCUUUCCACAGAAAUUUUGGAAUUUAUGCCAUGUAAUGAUCAUGAAAUAACUAUGUCAAAAGAAUCAAAAGAAGGCUUUAUAAAAGUGGAACCAAGUAUUGUAUGUCAUGAUGGUGAAAGCAUUCAGGGUACACACAUAAUGCAGGUUGCAGGAAUUUAUAUUUUGCAAUGGCAGAAUCAAGAAGAACAAGGAGAAUUUCUUUCUUCUAUAAGCUCUCAUAAGGCACAACUUAUGUAUUUUUAUGAAACUUUACCAUCGGUACAUUACAGGGGAUCUAUGUUAAGCUUACAAUCUGCAGUGAGUGGACGAUCUGUAGCAAGUUCAUCUUUAUCUAGAUGAGAAGCAAUCACUGCCAGAAGAUCCAAUAAUUGAUGCAAAAUGAAAAUCAGUUGAUACUGGUAAUAUAGGUACUAUAUUUUUAUUGAGGUAGGAAAAAGGAAGUACAAGAAACUAUAAAUUAAUAAAAA